AUGGAGUGGGAGGCUGCCAAGAUGUCAAACUCUCAUUUGGCCGUCAUAGAGCCAAACGACGGCAGCACAGCCAAUCAGCGGACGAGAGGAAGAGACGCAGGUCCAGCCAUAAUAAACUGGCCCUUGUUGCAUGUGGAAGCAAGCGCCAUUACGGCUACAGCAUACUGUAAAAGACAGUGCGAGUCUACGGAGCCGUUGAGCCGAAAUGGAGAGCGAGGGGGCCCACGUACCCAGAGAUAUUACGCGAGACAUGCCAUCCAAUUAGCACCUGCCGUUGAAAAUGGACUUGUUUACGAGACUGGAAAACUUAAUCAAGUUGACUUGAGCAGUUUAGAGUCUACAGCUGUACAUUCCACACCUUUGACCUCGACUCUUAUGUGUUUGCUUAAGGAUAAAUGCUUCAUCUCAGCAGACUCUCACAGCGCCGCCGGUGUACUGAAGCAUGCAGACUGCAGCGAGGACAUCUUGGGAAAUCCAGGUGAACACAGAGAGGGAGCAUGCAAACUCCACACAGGAAUGGCUGGAACCAGAAACUUUCUUGCUAUCGUCGCAGGAGAUGCUGGGACACGUCAGGACCCCCAGGGGAUUUAUACAUUCAUCAUUGAUGUAUUUCAUAGUGGGUUUUUUCCCUAUAGGCGCAUGAAUCAAGAUUCUGGCCUUUUCCUUCCACAAACAAAGCUUUGGUCUGCAUACAGUAUGUGAUGUAGAUGCGUAUACAGUACAGGUUAAAUGUGAUGUACCGUUAUUAAGCUUAAAAUAUAUUUAUGUAGAUUCAAAAAAUAAAUUAACAAAAUAAUGAAUAAAAAUGUUCAUGUUUAUUCAUUCAUUUUCUU